GUACCGUCUCACUUCUUCUCUUAUUCGUUUGCACUGAAGCCGGACUGGUCUCGCAAGUAUGCCCUUCAGUCAGAGAUACAUCAAUAUUUCACUCAAGUAGCAGCUCAAUACGAUAUCCCCAAACAUGUUCGGCUUGCGAGUCUUGUUGAGAAGGCUUCUUGGGAUGGGGCGUCCGGCAUGUGGCACGUCACGGUUCGAGAUCUUCAUACAUCAGAAGUAACAGAAUGCCGCAGCAGAAUCUUGAUAUCUGCGGUCGGUACACUCUCUGUCCCCAAGAAAUGCACCAUUCCAGGCGCUUCAAGCUUUGAUGGGAAGAUCUUCCACACGGCACAGUGGGACCAUACAUUUGACUGGAAGGGCAAAGACCUUGUUGUGGUCGGAAAUGGAUGUUCUGCGACACAGAUAAUCCCAGAGGUCAGCUCAGGGCCAGGAGCAGCCAAAACUGUGACACAAUUCUGUCGGCAGGCACAUUGGCUUGCCGAACGCCCAAACCCAGAAUACUCUGCCCUUUUCAAGUGGACAAUGGAAUGGGUUCCUCUGGCGAUGCGAAUCUACAGAGCAAAGCUAUACUGGAACCAGGAGCGCGAGUUUGCGGGCUUCGACAUAGGAACAGGAGCUGAGAUCCGCAGAGGCUGGUCGAACGAAGCCUCUGACUACAUCCGUGCGAAUGCGCCCGCCCAAUAUCGAGACUUUCUCGUGCCCAAAACAGAGAUUGGGUGCAAGCGGCGCGUCAACGAUACUGGCUACCUAGCUAGUCUGCACCAGAACAAUGUCAAGCUCAUAUAUGACGACCCGGUGGAGGAAAUUGUAUUGAAUGGCGUUCGGACGAAAGCCGGAAAGAUUGUUCAUGCUGAUGCAAUUGUGCUGGCCCAAGGUUUCGCGACGCAACAGCCUUUUGGGACACUGCAGAUCUUUGGUGAAGGAGGCAUCAGCAUCCAAGACCAUUGGAGUAAAACCAGCGAGGGAGUUCCUUCGGCAUAUCUGGGCACGUGUCUUUCAGCAUUCCCAAAUUUUUUCAUCAUGAUGGGUCCCAACACUCUCAGCGGGCAUCUCUCUGUUAUCUACACCACAGAAUGCCAGAUUAACUUUACACUGCGAAUUAUCAGGCCCAUACUCAAUGGAAUGAGGCAAAGGACCGCGGCGCUGGCAGCUUGCAGACCUACCUGCGAUAUCGUGUCUGUCAAACCUUCAGCCGAGAAGGAAGACAUCGAUACGGUUCAGCAAAAGGCCGGAAACCUUGUCUGGGCAACAGGGUGUACAUCUUGGUUUAUUGACAAGGGCACCAAGAGAAAUUCCAUCAUGUUUCCAGAUUGGCAAUACAAGUUCUGGCUGAGAAGCGUCUUUAUCGCUUGGGAUGACUUCGUCUACACAUCAGACAGGUCUAGUUCAAAGGCUGUGAACGAGAGGAACGGAAAGCGGCUGUAUUUGGGCAUCGUCGCUGGCGGCAUCCUCGCAUUCGGGGCCUUUUAUUUCCACCGUCACAGGCUUUGCACCUAUGUUUUGCCUUGCAACUGA